GUAUUAGAAGGACGGUGAAUUAGUAAUCGCGUUUUCUAUAAGUGUUCUUACAUAGGCCCAAGAUGGCACAUAAACAUUAUGUAUGUAAUUAAUAAUAGCGAGUAGAGCGUGUGGGCUGGCAGAUAGAAGGCAUCCUGUUUGAUAGGAAGCACCAAGGCAUAUAGAUAACAGUUAACAAAAUCCAGUUUCCUUCGGGCCAGCGUGCUGUUACUGGUAGCAAGUAUCGUGCUCUGUUUCGAAAUCGUAGUUUGGAAAGUGAAACAUCAUGACAUUCGUUCUUUUAUUCUUUGUCGUCCUGUUUUUGGAACAGUGUACAGGACAAAUUAUUGAUAUCGGCGGUGUAUGGGAGAUAAAAUGCCCGCAAGGAUGUACCUGCGAGAUUCAAAAGUUCUCUGAUCUACCCUUACAUCAAUGGGCUGACACGAAUCGAGAUAAAAAUCAGAAUAUAUUUCCCGAUGUUGAUUUCGAUAUGGACAAUGACCAUCCCAUGGCUCAUGAAUUACUGAAAAUUGCAACAUGUGUGAUUGUUGAAAAUUCUGAAGAACUCUUGGCCAAACUUCCUUCGGAUAUACAGGUUCUCACUUUACUUGAAUCAGGUGGUGGAGGCACUAACAUCCUUCUGCGGGCUACUACCUUCCAACACUUCGCCGAUUUAAUAUCGCUAGAUAUUCAAGGGAUAGAUUACAGCGAUCCUUCCAUAAAAGAUAUGAACAAUCACGGAGAGAAGGGCGGUAUCGUUCUCUCUUCCGAUGCUUUGUACCCCCUGGGACCUACUUUACUAUAUUUAAAUCUGGAACGCGUUAAAUUAUCAAACCUGAAUUUACCGAACAAAAACAAAGCGAAUUUAGUGAUCAAGCCAAUGAAUGCCCAAAAACCUGAAACGGUUGAUGACGAUCAAGCGCACGUGAACGAUAUCAGUCAGCAUAAAGGGCACAGGCUCAUCUUCCUGAGCCAGCAGAACAGUGAUGACAAGGAGAUAUUGCCAUACGAUCUUUAUAAACAAGAAUUAGAAGGCUACAGAGAGAAUAUUGAACUGUUUGCCGCGCUCGGUGUGCUGACGCAUUUGAGGGUGUACAAUUGUGCACUAAAAGAUAUCUCUUGGCACAUGUUCGACGGUCUUAACAGCCUUCUUUAUCUCUCACUGGAAAAAAAUAGCUUGAAAUUCAUUCCCGAAUUUUGCUUCUACGGAACACCGAAUUUGAGAUUGUUGUCACUAGCGAGCAACGAGUUACUGACACUGAAGAGCGUGGACCUGGCAGGACUGCUUAUGCUCGAGCAUCUGGACUUGAGACAAAAUAAUCUGACGUUUCUAUCGGAAUUGUCGUUUCCACCUUUCCCGGCGCUCAUAAGCGCCGAUUUCACAGACAAUCCUCUGGAUUCUAUCUUUCCCAGUACUUUCGAGAUUAUGAAUACGACGAUCAGGUUGUAUCUCGGUGGUAUGUCAGCAAGACUGAAAUUGCAGAAGAACUCAUUGCUGGGCCUGCGUCAAAUCGAGAUAUUGCAUCUGUACAAUUUAGAGAUACCGAUACUGGAACGUUUCAUCUUGCAAGGAAUGCCGGCGCUGACGCACCUCAAGAUGCGAGGAAACGUCACAAAUAUCGAUUUCGAUGCGUUUGUUGACCUUGCCAAUUUGGUGGAUCUGGAUUUAAGUCGUUGCCACAUUCAGAAAAUUUCGAUGGACGCCUUCUACGGUUUGGAAAGAGUUAGAAGAAUCGACUUGUCGGAUAACGACCUUGAAUCCAUACCACCUGGUUUAUUUAGUGUUCAACAACAGAAGGAAUUGAGAGAAAUUAUACUUACGAAGAAUAAAUUAAUGACACUACCAUCGGACUUCUUUAAGAAUCUCAGAUUGCCGGACAAACAAACGCAGAUACAAAAUAUAAGAUUAGAUAACAAUCCUUGGGAAUGCACAUGCAUCAUGAACAGUUGGAAUCCUCAACUGGUAAACAGAACUAAGGAAACAGCCCCGCGAUGCUCGACGCCGAAACGACUACAGAACUGGGGAGUCUUUCAUGCACUGCGCAAAGGAGGUUUGCAAUGCAGAAACCCAAGAAAACGAUACCUUCAAAAGUUUCUGAAGACAAGAAGCUCUGAAGAAGAUAAUAAUAUCAGUUAGCCAAUUUCUCUUUUCAAAUUAUAUGUAUAUGUUGGUAAAUGCUGGAUUGAGAAAUAUAUUACAAUUUUUAUAAUAAUUUCUAAAAAUGUUUAUAUAGCCCUUUGUUUUAGAGAAACGUAAAUAUCAAUCACGCAUGUGAUAAAAGUGUGCAAAAGUUAUUGUUUGAGUUUUAUUAUUAAAUUUCUAUUCAACUAUAUUUAUACAUUUAACAUAAAAUUUUUAAAAAUAUAGUAAUAAUAAUAUAAUGAAACAUAUUAUUUGAUAAAUGACAAUAAUAAAAUAAAAUAAAAUAGAACUUGGAAAUCAAGUAAGAUCGCAAGAUAAUAG